CUAUGUUUAUGUCGCGCAUAUCGGGAAUUUGUCGUACAAUUGCGAUUCGCGGUGCAAACAAUCGACCAUCAGCCCAAAUUGCCAUUGCCAUUGCCCGGAGCACCGAAUUGGCUGCAAAAUGAGGCAGUCCGCGAUAGGCGAGGACCGCAGGAGCAGCAACAAGGAAUCGUGCCACUAGAUGGCACAGGAGCACCAGAAGGACCAAGAAUCAGAUUAGCAGGAGCAACAAGUCCUUUGCACGCAACAGGUUAUCACGAAUUGCCCACAAGAGCACUCAGUUCCCACUCCAAUCCAAUUGCAUCUAACGCAUCACAUCACAUUGCGUCGAAUCUAAUCAAAACACAUCACAUAAUCGCGAUGAGCCCCUUCGGCUCCAAGAAAAACCGAUCCCUGUCGGUGCGGGUGAGCACCUUCGACUCGGAGCUGGAGUUCAAGCUGGAGCCGCGCGCCUCCGGCCAGGAUCUGUUCGACCUGGUGUGCCGCACCAUCGGGCUGCGCGAGUCUUGGUACUUUGGGCUGCAGUACGUCGACACCCGCAGCAACGUGUCCUGGCUGAAAAUGGAGAAGCGGGUGCGCGACCAGCGCGUUGAGCUGCACGCUAGCAAUAAUGUGUAUGUGUUUAGCUUCUACGCCAAGUUCUUUCCGGAGAACGUCAGCGAGGAGCUGAUCCAGGAGAUCACGCAGCACCUGUUCUUCCUGCAGGUCAAGCAGAGCAUCCUCUCCAUGGACAUCUACUGCCGCCCGGAGGCGUCCGUGCUGCUGGCCUCCUACGCGGUGCACGUGCAAUACGGUCCGUACGACUACGAGACCUACAAGGACGGUAUGCUGGCCGGGGGUGAGCUUCUGCCCAAGGGAGUGACCGAUCAGUACCAGAUGACGCCCGAAAUGUGGGAGGAACGGAUCAAGACAUGGUACAUGGACCAUGAGCCCAUGACGCGCGACGAGGUGGAGAUGGAGUACCUGAAGAUUGCUCAGGACCUGGACAUGUACGGAGUAAACUACUUUCCUAUUACGAAUAAGAACAAAACCAAAUUGUGGCUGGGCGUCACCUCCGUGGGCCUAAACAUCUACGAUGAGCGCGAUAAGCUAACGCCAAAGACAACGUUCCAGUGGAACGAGAUACGGCACGUCAGCUUCGACGACAAGAAGUUCACCAUUCGCCUGGUGGAUGCCAAGGUUUCGAAUUUCAUCUUUUACUCGCAGGACCUCCACAUCAACAAAAUGAUUCUUGACCUGUGCAAGGGCAAUCACGAUCUAUAUAUGCGCCGCCGCAAACCCGACACCAUGGAAAUCCAGCAGAUGAAGGCCCAAGCCAAGGAGGAGAAGCAACGCCGCCAGAUCGAACGCAAAAAGUUCAUCAGGGAAAAGAAGCUGCGCGAAAAGGCGGAGCACGAGCGCUACGAGCUGGAGAAGAGCAUGGAGCACCUGCAAAACGAAAUGCGCAUGGCCAACGAUGCACUUCGGCGUUCCGAAGAGACCAAGGAGCUGUACUUCGAAAAGAGUCGUGUCAACGAGGAGCAGAUGCAGCUGACCGAGUGCAAGGCAAACCACUUCAAGACGGAAAUGGACCGGCUGCGCGAGCGACAAAUGAAAAUCGAGCGGGAGAAGCACGACCUGGAGAAGAAGAUUCGCGACGCCGACUUCUAUGUCCACCAGCUGACGGUGGAGAACGACAAGCGGGAGGCCGAGACUGAGAAGCUGCGCAAGGAGCUGAUCUGCGCCAAAAUGGCGGAGCGCGAGGCCACCGCUCGCCUGCUCGAAUUCCUCAACAGCGGCCGCAAGUCCUCCACGGAUAGCCUGCUGACCGCCUCCAGUGUGUCGCACGCGGCGAAUACGGCGUCCAGCAUGGCGGCCAUCAGCACACCCUCCCUGAUCACAAGCAGCUCAACCAAUGAUUUGGAGACCGCCGGCGGCGCCGAGCUGACCACCCACUCGUCACACUACCUGGUCCAAGGUGACAACUCCAGCGGCAUUUCGGACGACUUCGAGCCCAAGGAGUUCAUACUCACCGACAACGAGAUGGAGCAGAUCACCAAUGAGAUGGAGCGCAACCACCUCGACUACCUGCGCAACUCCAAGCAGGUGCAAAGUCAACUGCAGACACUGCGCUCCGAGAUCGCGCCGCACAAGAUUGAGGAGAACCAGAGCAACCUGGACAUCCUCAGCGAGGCGCAGAUCAAGGCCGGCGAAAAUAAAUACUCCACGCUCAAGAAACUCAAGUCCGGCUCGACCAAGGCGCGUGUCGCCUUCUUCGAGGAGCUCUGACCUCCUCCGCCUCCGCCUCCUCCGUCACCUACUCCCCCCUCACCCCCGCAUCCGCCGACAUGACUAAUACCCCAUCUAGCUGUACGAUACGUUACGAUUUGGCGUGUGUGCCUGUGCGCGUGCUAGAGUGUAUGAGUGCCUUAACCGUAGUUGUACUAUAUCCUACUAUAACAUACUAUAUUUAAUGUUUUUCGAUUGUUCGCUCAAGCCGCUGCUGUAAUAAACCAAUUGCAAACGUACAUAUGUACAUACAUAUGUACAUAUAUGAUUUUACAUUCACUUACGCACGAAAAAUAUUCAUAAAGUAGAUGGGCGAUUAGAUACCGUUAUUUUCGGUAGAAGAUAUUCAACACCUUCCAUGCAGUUCCACAAUUCAUCGCUCUUGAGAAACAUCACACCCUCUCACCGACACCGACUCUCUCGAACGCGAUCUCUCUCUUCCAAAAAUGAAAACUAAUAAACCGCAAAACAGAAUCAAAGGACGAUUAAAAUGCGCUCAAACAACGGUGAUCAAUAGCGAAGAUUUGGCGCUCUUUUGACUUUGUCAGUGUGUUGAUACCUUCCCUGCAGUUCCCCAAUUCAUCGAUCUUGAGAAACAUCACACUCUCUCACCGACACCGACUCUCUCGCGAGCGAUCUCUCUCCCAAAGAUGAAAAACCAUAAACCGCAAAACCCAAAACCGCUAAAGCAGCGAUGAAAAAACGCUGAAUCAAAGGACGAUUGGCCCGUUAAAAUGCGCUUAAACAACGGUGAUUAAUAGCGAUGUUUUUGGGAUUUUUUUUUCAUACCGAUGAUUUCCUAAAACAUGCCAAUGUUAAAAUCACCGGUAGCUUUCGUGCAAAUUGUGCGGUGUUUAAGCGCUCAACAUUUUUAAAAGAGCGGUGAUUUACCGAUUAAAAGUCGGUGACUGGAACUGCAGGCACGGAUUUGUUCUAGUUAAGUCUGAAUGUUAAUUACGAUAUUCUUGAAGCUCCCUCCUAUUCCGCUGAGCGUGGUCGGUUUACGGAUGUUAUCCCAGAGACUGUGGAUGUCCAUCCGAUUCCAUGGUCUCUUAGUUCUGUUGCCAUAUAUUUUCUGUCAGCUCGUUUAAAUACAUAUGUACAUAUGUACAUACAUACAUACAACUAUGCAAAU